CCCCGAGAACAACUGAUCCAGGAGGACCAGCACGAAUGAGAGAAGCGGAGUAGGAGAGAGGAACACAAAGCUUGUCAGUGCGGGAUGAACUUGAGCUCGUUCAAGACUGUACACAUCAUGGUUCACCCUUGUAUACGUCGUAUUGUGAGUGAGACAGCCGAAGUGGCGGAGGAUGAGAGAGCGGGAGAAGGAAAGGCCGUCUUCUCGGCAAGUGUCAUUUCAGUGCGAAAUCGUUCGCUGACCUGACAACUACUGUACACCCUUAAGUGGAUUAUUCAUCUCUUGACAGAAGUAUAGUAGUGUAUUGACAUCAAACAUUCUGUCCAUUUCGGUGAUAACAUCUGUGUGACCUUUGAAGAGAAGCUUGAAAUCUCGAGGUUAAGGUGAGGUGAACUCGAAAUCCAAAUUGAACAGAUCCGUUUCAUCCAAAUAACGUUGGUUUGGCACCAACCGGCAUCCUCUUGUCCUACAACAACGAGAAAACUCGUCCGUCAAUGGUGCACCUGUAUCAGUGUCUUGAAAACACUAGCAUAUCCACGAGAGGACAAUCCUUGGUGGUGAACACUUCGGAGCUUGAAUGAUCUUUUUUGCUGCACUCGAGAAGUAUUUCUCACUCUCGUGCGGUGCUACCGAAGCUUUGUGAGGUACGGGAGAGGAGGAGGCGGAGGAGGAAGGCCUUUGUUCUGAGAGCGAACGAACGGGCUGUCUGUCAUGUCGGGAGGAAAUCAUCCAAACUUGGCAACACCACAGCUUCCAGCUGCCGAGCAUGGCAAAGAGGACCUUCAAAAAGAUGUUGUUCACCCUAACCAAGAACAUGACGGGCAUCUACCGCUUGCCUCAGAUUGCAAUGAGCCCGGCUCGUCGCCAGCAAAAACUCUCGAAAUGGUCAUGAUCAGUGAGACAAACUUGAAAGAGAAACAGCUCAGUUCUGAAACUACUAGCACUGAAUCAAACAACGUUCAGGAAAUUAAUGGGGUCGUUGCAUACAAGUCAGAAGGUAUAAUUUUAACUGGAGUGUCGAAAACACGUUCGAAUCAAAAUCCGGAGCGCAAGAUGAUGACCAAUCUAGCCAAGCGUCCUCCUGUGGACAUCGAGUUCAAGGACCUGGUCUAUUCGGUGCCGGAGAAACACGGACUCAUCAUGAAGACCUUUGCUGGACGGAAAACCAUCUUGAAAGGCGUAAGUGGCAAACUGAAAUCGGGAGAGCUGAUUGCCAUCAUGGGACCAUCCGGUGCUGGUAAGAGUACACUCAUGAAUAUCAUGGCCGGAUAUCGGACGUCCAACGUCACGGGUGAAAUAUCCAUCAACGGGAAAACCCGAAAUCUGAGGAAAUUUCGAAAAAUGUCGUGCUACAUUAUGCAGGACGAUUGUCUCUCUCCGAAUCUGACCGUCAAAGAAGCCAUGGAAAUUGCUACAAAUUUGAAGUUGGGUGAGGAAACCCCGCUUGAGACAAAGGCUCUCGUUAUCAAGGAAAUUACUGACAACCUUGGUCUCACGGAGUGCUUGGAAACAAGGACGAAUAUGAUCAGUGGAGGUCAAAGAAAACGACUCGCCAUUGGUUUAGAAUUGGUCAACAAUCCGCCUGUGAUGUUUUUAGACGAACCAACCUCGGGCCUCGAUUCAGCCUCCUGCUCUCAAUGUAUAUCUCUUCUAAAGCAAUUAGCACGAGAGGGCAGAACGAUCAUAUGCACGAUUCAUCAGCCGUCAGCGAGAAUCUUCGAAAUGUUUGAUAAACUUUACAUACUUGCUGACGGCCAGAACGUCUACAAAGGAACUGUCAAAGGAUUGGUGCCCUUCCUCUCCUCCAUGGGGUUGGAUUGUCCCAGUUAUCACAAUCCGGCGGACUUUGUCAUGGAAAUUGCCACAGGAGAAUACGGCAACUACACAGAGACACUCGUGGAUGCGGUAAAUGCUGGGAAAUGCACAAGUCUAGGCCAUGAUUCGCCUUCUCCAAGUACCAAAUCUAGUCAGGACAUUGGGGCAGGUCCUCGAAACGUCAAUUUGAAAUCCAUCUCAGAAGAACAGCCCACCAAAUCAUCCUCGGGAACACUCCACAUAUCCAUGCCAGAGGACGGACUAGCGGGUACUAGUAACGGAGCUAUUGGAAAUGGAAAUGGAAAUGGCGAACUCCAAGCUUCUCUCUUGGGUGAUUCCGACGAGAGUAUGGGGAAACAUGCUCACACGUUUCCAACCACAGCCCGGACUCAGUUUCGGAUCUUGGUGGUUCGGACAUUUAAGUGCAUCAUUCGGGACGAGACGUUGACCAAGUUAAGAUUCAUAUCACAUGUAGCCAUCGGGAUUCUCUUAGGAUUGCUCUACUGGGAUAUUGGGAAUGAGGCCAGUAAAGUCUACAACAAUAGUGCAAUGCUGUUCUUCUGCAUGUUGUUCAGUAUGUUCACUGCCAUGAUGCCAACUGUGAUGACAUUUCCCCUCGAGAUGGCCACCUUCAAACGCGAGCAUUUGAACUACUGGUACAGCAUGAAGUCCUACUACCUGGCCAAGCUUGCCGCCGACUUGCCCUUUCAGAUCGCAUUUCCCUCGAUAUUUCUCCUCAUUGUCUACUUCAUGACUUCUCAACCCCUGGAGCUCACCAGGUUGGGCAUGUUUCUUCUCAUGUGCAUACUCACGUCUCUCGUGGCUCAGAGCCUCGGGCUGGUGAUCGGAUGUGCGGUAGACAUGCAAUCCGCGGUCUACCUUGGACCAAUCACCACCAUUCCCAUCCUCUUAUUUUCUGGGUUCUUUGUCUCCUUGAAUAACAUUCCCAUUUUCCUUCAAUGGUUGGCUUACGCGGCCUACGUUCGUUAUGGUUUCGAAGGGACGAUCUUGGCUAUCUAUGGAUUUCAGCGGGAAACUCUCCAAUGCUCGAUUCCUUAUUGCCACUUCAAGUAUCCGAAGAAGUUCCUGGAGGAACUUGCCAUGGAUGAAGGAGUUUUCUGGAUCGACGUCGUUAGUUUGCUGGCCUUCUUUGUACUUCUUCGAGUUCUGGGCUACUUUGUGCUCAAGUUCCGGAUUCAAUUGGAGAAAUAGUUGCCAAGCAAACAAUCCGUCGAGCUCGAGUUUCAAUUCGGUCUGAUCACUUUUGCAAUAUCCUGGAGUGAAGCGCCAUUCCUCUCAAGUAUUGUCUUACUUGCUACGUACAUAUGAUGUACAUUCUACUUACUACGUACAUGGGCAACGAGCGUUCCCACGCUCAAGAUUGGCGUAAGAUGUUUUUGUACAAUCCGUUUACAUGAUCUUGAGCAUUGUAUUUACAUGCGAUAUUAUUAGCCCAAUAAAUCAACAUACCACA